AUGGCCGGUGAUCAGAAUUAUACACUGUGGCGAACACUGCCUUCCUUGAACACUUCGAAGAAGAGAGCGGGAAACUGGAUAGCUCCAGGGCCGCUUAUAUCCGGGUUGCAUUUUAACGAGCCCGCAUUAGGCGCGCGAUCGAAACGGGAGAAAAUGAUAAUAUUAACGAUAAUUGCGUAUCGCGCGCGGCGACUCCAAUUCCGCAAGAUCCGCGCCCUUAUUAGAUCCGCACCGGAUCUAAAUACGGGCGCGGAUAUCGGCUCGUCUUACGCGGACCAGCGAGCCGAGCGCGACGCCGGAUCGUCUUAUUUGAAACGGGCCGCGGCGAUUUCACGGCGCUCACAA